AUGGUUCGCGGAGGAGCACGUGCAGGGAGAGGGAGAGGGAGAGGAAGAGGACGUGGUCGUAAUGGGCCUAAUUCGGUUGAGACUGCAUCUGAUACAGCAAGCACUCAUAACAGUGUGCAUGGAGUGGAUCCUGAAGUGCUGAGGAACCUCGUGAUGGACUCACUCAAAGAGAUAUUGGGGCAAGCACCAGGGGCAGAUGAGCAAUCUUUGAUUCAAAAGUUCAUGAUGGGUUUGCGGCUGGAUAUCCGUAAGAUUUGUCAGAUUCGUGAUUAUGGGAGUCUCAUCGAGCUUGCGGAGAGAGCUUCUAUGAUAGAGAAGACAAAUGAAGCUGAGACCAAGUUGGUCAAGAAUGCUCCCCAGAGGACCACCAGAGCACCAGAUCCACCAAGACAGAAGCAUGGUAAUCGGAGUAGAGUGCAGGCAAAUGUCCCAAUGUGUGGUAAGUGCGGCAAGAAUCACAAUUGA